UCCAAUGUUGGCGCACACAGCGUACGGAAGGACUUCACUCUGUUUAUCUGUCAGAAAGGGGACCGCGCGUAUCAAGGGAGACACGGGCAUCGGUAGAGCGGAAAGACGAUCAGGACGACACCGGCAGCACAACUGAGGAGCAUUCAACGAACGCCGCAUUAUCUAUAAGCAUCCUUAAGCUACUCAGGAUAGGAAUGAACUUUCGCGAAGUACCGAGGAAACGUUAGAAUGGCUACGAUGUAACUAACGUGUCGGCUCGGCGGCACUGAAUUUUGCUCGUCUGCAACACGAAUCUCGUGGAACGAUGUAAACACGACGCGACAGGAAUGAGACGGGCACUAAACGCGCGAUCCGAAUACUGGUGUACGCGAAUAAUCAACUGAGCAGACAAAUUACUUGUCCGUUAUACAAGUUACUCUUCUGCAACGAUUUGGUAACAAAGUUUUUUUUCGUUAAUAACAGUAACACAAUUAUAUCUUUUUGAUAACGAAUAUAAUUUUUAUCGUCCUUUGCACAUCUGGAAUGCACAUAUUGUACAUGGAAGACGGGCGAUAAUGAAUGAUAAAAAAGUUGCUUAAAACUUGAUAAUAGAUUAAUAAAAAUUGUAACGAUAUAUUUUUUUUGUACUUAUUGGAUAACGCUAACUUUUCUCGAUGGGUAAUACCGGUCCUACGAGUAGUUUUAUUAUAACUUUCCCAAUUCUGCCAAGAGAGAGAGAGAGAGAGAGAGAGAGAGAGAGAGAGAUUAUGAAAUUAAUGACAAAAAGAGGCACAAAGCACAGACAUUCAUAAAGUCGAAAGGAGAGCGACAAGCUAAAGAAAAACGAGGUGGAGACACCAUCAUCAUCAUCAUCAUCAUCAUAUUCAUCUUUUUGUCGACAGCUGUCACCGCGCGAUUUUCCCGCCACAGUCGCGCGACGCUCGCUCCGCGGGGAUACUGCUGCGUAUACUACCGUUACAUGCGAAUGUAGAGACGACUGUUGAACGAUCAGACGGUGUGCGUGCAUAUGUACAUACAUAUGCGUCUCGCGCGUCCUCGUCAUGUCGAUCGGCGGGGGAAGGAUCCCCGACCGGCUGUUGGCCGGCGGGUGGGAAACCUGGACCGCGCGCGCGACGGAUUGUCAAGCGGAUCUCGCGGUGGCUUCUUUAGUCGCGUUACCGCGCGAUCCGUGACGCACGGGAGCUCCGCGCAUCGCGUCGCAAGAGAAAGGGUUAAAGGUCGCGGGCGCCGCGCGGACGCCAACACGACACUUUGUACCUCUACACACCUAUUGUUGUCUUCAACGCACAUACACACACGCAUUCUCUCUCUCUCUCUCUCUCUCUCUCCCCCCCCUCCCCCCUCUUUCUCUAUUUUAGACAUCGCGGACUCGAGAGUAUAUCGACGACGGCGAAAUUAUUCGGUCGGAUUGUCAUUAUUAUUAUUAAUUAAUAACAAAAUAUAAUAUCGGUCGACAACGCGAAAUGCGCUGUGUACGCGAGGAAGAGUAGCGUAUCUGAUAGUGAGAGAAGGAGAAAGAGUGAAGAAGCGACAGAAAGACGGUGUCGAGAGAAUCGCACGAGAACAGUAAAAAACCCGUCAUCCCCAAAUGCAGCCGCGCUGGAGGUGGGAAGCCCGGGUUACUACGUCGCCGUCGCUGUCGCCGUCGACGUCGUCGACGUCGUGCACACCACCGUCGCGGUCAUCUGCGAAACAGCACCGUCGCGCGACGAUUGGCUGCAUCGCGUUCAUGUAUAUCAUCGACAUUGCUGUCACGAACUUGAUGACGUAUCACAAGCAAUACGAUUAUCGCAAGCUUUGAGAAAAAGGAUCAAAUUCGAGGAGGCGGAAAAGGAUUGUGGAGAUUAUUAAAGCUACUAUAUUAGUAGAGCGGAACGUAGGGUGAAAAGGGCUCUUCUACGGUAUCGCGCUUGUACAUUUUCUUCGAAAGAGCCGAUGGUGAAAAAAUUCCACGUGAUUCGUUGAAAUGACAAGCGGACUAAUGGCGAGUCGAUGAAAAUGCGAACCACUGACAGCACAGCCGCGCUACGCAUCCGUUAUUAGAAGAAAGAGUUUUGUCCCUUAGAAGAAAGAGUUUUGUCAGGCGAUACAUUAUUUUAACCAUGCGCAUGCGAUACGGUUUAGCACCAGAAGUUUAUUUUCGAAAGAAAAAAAUUUUAAAGAAAGAAAGAGAGAGAGAGAAAAAAAGUUACCACGUCACAGGCAAGAAGCAGUGCAGUUAAAAAGAGAAAGGAAAAGUAGGACUUUCGGAAGGGGAACUAGACUGGCAAGGUUAUUCGUCUACAGUAAGAUAGAGGGUGCAACAGUAGAGGGUGCAGCAGUAAAAUAAAGGAAGAAUUCUACAAGAAUCAGAAAUGUGACAACGCAGCCAUCACUUGUUCAUUCACUUUCAAACUCUCGAAGGAAACUGAUAUUCCUGGAGGCAUCGUCAGAAGCAGUGUUUUACCAGGUGUAUUCAUAGUAACACUCAUGGGCAGAACAAGAGCUAGCAAACGCAAAGCAGAUAUGCCAGUGGAAAGUGUCAAUGAGGACACGAGCAGCAGGUCGGAGAUGAGCUCCCCCGAAGUGCCUUCCACUUCGCAUGAUUUGCAAGACGCUCAGCACAACGGUGAGGCUGCUGCAGCGAAUGCCGCGAACGGCACCACGCGUAAACGUCGCGGCAACCUUCCGAAAACUUCGGUGAAGAUCCUGAAGCGUUGGCUGUACGAUCAUCGGUUCAACGCUUAUCCGAAUGAGACUGAAAAACACCUCCUCUGCGAGCAAGCCAGUCUCACUAUGCUGCAGGUAUGCAAUUGGUUUAUCAAUGCUCGACGUCGGAUCUUACCAGAGCUCCUACUCAAAGAUGGGGAGGAUCCUCAUCAGUAUACUAUAUCACGUCGCAAAAAGGCCGGACAACAACAGGCUAACUCAAGACGAAAUGUCGCUUCCUAUAAGAACAAUACACAGAAUCGGCGCGUCGAUCACGACUACGAGGACGCGGGUAGUUUGAUAUAUCGAAGUGAAGAGGACAGUCCCAAUGACUACGAAAGCACUAGUUCUCACAGUGAGGAGGAACGUCCCACUACACAGUGGCCCAACGUUAUCGUGUGCCGUUAUACCGAAAGUAAAACCACACGAGACAUCCAUUUUGAUACGGAUACUCUUUCGCAUCAACAAAGCUCUAAUGAUAAAACUGAAACAGGCGACGAGGCCGCGUACUGGAGCGCCCCACGGCAACAUUCAUCACCACGAGUGAUGCCAAACGUCAUUACAGUUCCGGAAGUCACGAUGCCGGAGGCCAACAUCGCGAUGCCCACAGAGGAAUCCCGGGUUGCACGACUACGGGAUGACGAGAUAAAUGAACUGAACGGUCUCCUCAAAACAUAUGACAGAAAUAUGCAUGGGAUAUACUUAUUAGCAUUCGCGGCUUCAAAAUGCUCUGACAUACAAAAUCGCGAUAAACGCUCUGACAUACAAACAUCGCCAAGAGGGGGGAACGGAGAGAGAUUUAAAGACCAACAGCAGGAAUAACGUUCCCUUCUACAUUCUGACUUCGUUUGUCGUUGUCACCGGCAUACAUUCGUUUGUUAAACGACACUUGUUUUCUUCUAUAAAUUUUUCGAUGCAGGUAAUGUUCAAUAAAAACCUGUAACUAUUCGCAAAAGUUUUUCUCAUAAACAUUUAAAAUGUUUAAAGUAUCUAUUUUGGAAACAAACGUAUACCACCAGCGACAAUGACAACGUUCUCUAUAUUAUUAAUCGUUUAAGCAAUGAUUUUGUUUAGGAACAAUCCGACAAAUCAUUCGUGAUCAUAAAAUAUGUUUAUGUAAAUCAAGUUUUCCCGCUCAGUUCUUGUUUUUUCUUUUAUUGACAUAAUGAGAUCGUCACAUUUAUGUCAUCGCGACUUGGCGUGUCCAAAUGACAAAGUCAACGCCGAAAGAAAUGAGGAACUAUAAUAAAUAACAACGUUUGCAUAGGAUAUAUCAGUAACUGGACCACUUUAAUUGUUCGAGAAUCUACGUUCAAUAUGGUGAUCCAAAUUGAUACAUAUAUUUACCUAUAGGAUCUUGUCGCGACAAAUGAAAGUAACAUAUCUGUUUUUAUCGAUUCUCAUCUCGAGAGAUUUUAAAUGUUAUUUUACGUUCAUAAAUGCCGUAAGUUUAUGAUAU